AUGCUUUCUCCGGCGGGGGACCUGGGUCCCGGGGCCUCGACGCGGAGGCUGCUGGAGGCUCUGCGCUCGGGGCGCCUGCGUCUGGCCCGCUUGGUGCUGGAGGCCCUGGAGGGCGCCCCCUUGGACUGCCGGGCGGGGGAGCAGGGCCGCACCCCCCUGAUGGCCGCCGUGCUGCUGCCGGAGCCGGGCCUGCGCCUGGCCGCCCUGCGGCUGCUGCUGGACCGCGGCGCCUGCCCCGACCUCCGCGACGACGCCGGGCGCAGCGCCCUCUCCCUGGCCUGCGAGGAGGGCUUCCUGGAGGCCGCCCAGCUCCUGGUCCAGCGCGGGGCCGACCCCGAGGCCCCCGACGCCCGCGGAUGGAGCCCCCUGAUGCACGCCGCCGCCCGCGGGCACCAGGCCCUCCUGGAGUGGCUGCUCCGCGCCUUCCGACGCCUCGGGCACCUGGCCCUCGACCGCCCCGACCGCGCCGGACGCACCGCCCUCCAGCUGGCCGCCCUGGGAGGACACAAGGGCUGCGUCCAAGCCCUCAGGGCCGCCACCGCCGGCGCCCCCCGGCUCCCCCGGGAGCAGCAGGGCCAGGAGAAGCAGCAGGAGGAAGGGGAGGAAGGCCCCCCUCGGGCCCCGCCAGCACCAGGCUCCCCCGCCCAAGCCCCUCCGGCCCCCCGGCGCCCAACGCUGCUCCGCAGAGCCACCGCCCCCGACGCCCAGAGCCUCCUCGGCUGCUACUAG